UUUCGAAAGACCAAUUUAAAUAUAUUUGAGAGUUAAACGCUCUGUGAAAAAAACAAAUUCGAGUCGUCUCAAUAUCACAAUCACACCGGAUCUUUCUUCGACCGGAGAUGAGGUUUUCUUUCGACUUAAUCGAACCCGACAGUCGUCAAUCACCGACGCCUUCGCCGUCAAGUUCAACCCCUAAAGCUGACCUCCAAUGGUUCCCACUCCAAAACCACCCACUCUUCUCUUCCGCCACCGCCACCACCACCGCCACUCCUGCCGCUGCCGAAAGAAUGCCUCCGAAUCUCAUGGCGUGGGAUGGAACUUCUCGGCUUUAUUUCUGGGAUUUAAAUAAGAAAUGCCUCCAUCGAAUUUCAAUUCGCUUGGGCGAGCCCGACCCGGCUUCCAUUCUAGCAGCUUUCCCCUCAAAGGUGUUGCAAGCAGAAAGGCCGACGACUUUUGAGGUCAAUAAGAUUUCAAUCAACAGAAACGGAUCAGCUUUGUUCCUUUCUGGAUUGGAAGGACUUCGUGUUAUAUACCUCUAUGGGCGCUCUUCAACGGAAGAAAAUACCAUCCUCUGUCGGACAGUUUCGAUUGGUCCAGAAAUUUACUUUGACAGAAACAAUUUCAUACGCAUCCUGCAAAUUUCUUGGCAUCCUCACAGUGAUACACACUUGGGAAUACUUUCAUCGGAUUCAGUUUUCAGAUUAUUUGAUCUGUCUGCAGACCUUGGCCAACCGGAGCAGGAGUAUUAUUUGCAACCUGUGGAACCUGGUAGUUCUUGCAAUGCAGCAGCAAUAUGUCCUGUGGAUUUCUCAUUUGGGGGCAAUCAUUUAUGGGAUAGAUUCAGUGUUUUUAUCUUGUUUAGUGAUGGAUCCAGUUACAUAAUUUGCCCUGUUGUUCCCUUUGGAAGUACGUAUAAUUGGGAAUCAGUUCUGGAAAUGUAUAAUGAUGCUCAUACAUUUGGGCUGAAAUCUGCCAAUUCAAAAGCUGUUUAUAAUUCCAAUACAGCAAUCUCUUGGCUGGAGGCGACAUUUCCUGAAUUAGUACUCCACUCUGGAGAUGGUAGCAAAUUGUAUGCUGUUAAAGCUCAGCCUUUUGUUUUACUGGAUGCAUCAGUUUCACUGCAGGGUCCUUUACGUAAAGUAAGUAAUGGCGCGACACAAGAUUCCGAAUUUGAAAAAGGAGUAUGUGAAGGCCGUGCGGUCAGUUUUCUUUACAACUUAGCUGGCAAAGAUUCAAUUCUUGUGACCGCUUGGAGUGGUGGGCAGUUGCAAUUGGAUGCUUUAGCCGAUGAAAUCCAGCCAGUUUGGAAGAUGGGCAGUGCCCCUCGUUUACGUGUUGAUUCAUCCGAUCAAAUACUCGGUGUUGCAAUGAUUUGUGAAUCUGCACCCAACGACCGUUCUACUUUAAAGCUUGACCAUACUGUUUGGUUGGGCCACCCCCCUCCUUUGCUGAGGCUGGCCAUUGUGGAUUUGGCUUUGCCCACUAAGAAUAGUUCGUUGAUUGCUAUGAUAAAUGACCCUCUUGUCCCCGAGAGAAUAUUCUGUGUUCAUAUGGGAGGAAUAGAUUUAAUUGUCUUGCAUUUUCUCCCUUUCACUAACCAGACAAGUGGGAAAGAAGAGGCAAUGCGAACUCCAUCUGUGCUCUCUGUUCUUAGUACUUGUCCCGACGAUUCAUCAUCACCAUCACCUCUUCAUGGUUUCUUGGCUUUGUCAGAUUCGUUCGGGAAUUCGUGGAUUACGGGACUUACUUCUUCUAAAGAUUGUAUAGUGCUACAGAUGGAGACUUGGAAUGUACUGCUUACUGAUGUCAUUGAUAAGGUGAGGGAAGAAGCUGUUGGUCCAGAUGAUGAGUUAAAAGAGACAGAUGUUCCCACUAUAAUCAGCAAAGAACUACUUAGUGGCCCUAAAUCAGUUUUAUUGCCACCUUCUGCUCCAAAUUUACGCUCUGUGACAGCUGAUUCUAUCGAAGGUCGAUCGAUGCUUCAUCAGUAUUUCAAGCUGUUUCAUGAAAAUUACGUCGAGUAUGCACACAAGGUGUACUUUGAACUCCAGCAUCAUGCACCUCAGUUGAAAAAAGUGAUCGACAACCAGCAUUCUCGCUUACGAGAAAUGCAGCAGAAGCUUUCGGAAGUUGAAAGAAAAAAAGAGAAGAUUGAGGAUCGCGUAGAUCGAGCAGUUGAGCGUCACAGUUCCUUAGAAGAGCGUUUACAAAACUUGAGGAAGCUGCCUGGUUCACACAAAAAACCACUUUCGAAAGCCGAGAGAGAUUUCAAGCUGGAACUCGAUAAAUUUAGUGGAUUGGAAUUGGAUGCGUUGCACUAUUCGAUUGAGGCAGUAAGUGCAAGGUUGAAUAGACAUAUUCAUUCACCGCAGGCAAAAGAAACACAAAAAGCAGGAGGAAGAAGGGGGAAUAGUAUUAACAAUAGAAGGAUUGAAGACGAUAAUAUAUCUCAACUGAAAUCGUCCCUCGCUAAACUCUCACUCUUGAACAGUGAGAACAGCAAAAAAGUCAAGCUCGUCGAAUCUGCAUUGAAGAGCAGAGACAUCACCGAUUGAUUGAUCAUACCAUUAAAAAUUACUGCAUUAGCUGAGAUUGUCCCCAACCAAAUGUGUAACAAAAGAAAUCUGAAAAUUUGAUGUGGUAGAUUUAACGUUUAGAGUAACCGUGGGUGUUUUUGUGUGAAGUGUAAUAUGAAAUACCACAUUCGAAAAAGCAGGUGAAAUUUUGGUCUCUUAUUAUUAUGAAUGUGUUGGGGAAGGAA